AUGGCGGCGCGGGAGUGCGACUCCUGCAACGGCGCGACGGCGGUGCUCUUCUGCCGCGCUGACUCCGCUUUCCUCUGCGCCGCCUGCGACGGUGUAGUCCACGGUGCCAAUAGGUUCGCCUCUCGGCACGAGCGGGUGAGGAUCUGCGAGGUCUGCGAGCAGGCCCCCGCCGCUGUUUUCUGCAAGGCCGACGCCGCCAUGCUCUGCGCCGCCUGCGACGCCGACGUCCACUCCGCUAACCCCCUCGCCCGCCGCCACCACCGCCAGCCGGUGGUUCCCUUCAGGGACUCCCCUCCUCCCCCCGGCGUCAAGCUCGCCGGGGGGGAGAGCCCACCGGCGCCGGCGCCGGCGCCGGAGACUUGUAAGGACGAGGAAGCGGAGGUGCUGUCAUGGCUGAUCCCCGAGGAGAGCCACAAGGUCCCCAUGGACAUCCCUGACCUGAAGGAGGAGAUGGACUUCUUCUUCUUCUCCGACGUGGAUUACACUUCCUGCAUGGAAGACAGCGUCGUCCCCGUCCAGCCCGCCGCUGUGGCCGGCGACCCGCAUGCGUUCGCUGCAUUCCUCGAUCAAGAUCUCGGCGGAUCCGCCUCCAUCUCUCUCAGCCCCAGCGUAAGUCCCCCGACAGCGAAACAGCCCCUCCGGUGAAGCUACGGUUUCUGAUUCCGUGCCUGCAGAUGUCGUCGUCGGAGGUGGGGACGGUGCCGGAGGCUAGCGCGACGGCAGAGGUGACGAACCCGUACGGCGCCGCCACCGCGGCAGCGCUGGGAACGGCCCGCGAGGCGAGGCUGAUGAGGUACAGGGAGAAGCGGAGCAACCGCCGCUUCGAGAAGACGAUCCGCUAUGCUUCCCGGAAGGCCUACGCAGAGACCAGGCCUCGAGUCAAGGGGCGGUUUGCCAAGCGCGCUGCAGCGGAGGAGCCGGAGUUCACCUACCCCGCCGCCGCCGCCGCCGCCGCCGCUGGCGGCGCCGCCGGGUACCUCACGGCGGACUACGACUACGCCGUCGUCCCUUCCCUCUGA